AUGCCUCCCGCUCACCUGCCGCCUACUCCCGCCGCUUCUGGUGAAUUUACCAUCAAGGACGCUUCUUUCCAAGCAAUGGACACUAUGUCUGAGCACUCCUUUGCAUUACCACCUGCCGCUCUGAGUCCCAUUGCGUUGGACAAAGGUUCAAGCAGUCGAAAGGGUUCAAUGAUUGCCCAGCAGACGCCGAUGUCACCGGCAUCUCCUGCCAUUGAUGCUGCCAUCGACCGCAAGUCAGGCACCGUAGCUGCUCGCGUGGGCACGAAACGUGCGGCAACAACGGCCGCAUCUUCGUCAACAAUGCUUGAUGAAUUCAAUCUCCCACCGCCGCCUACGCGGUCGAGAAAGAUCAUUCAGAUGAAGCCCAAGACUGCUGCUCCGUCGAGCAGCAAUACAACCGCAACCAAGCAAUCUCCCCCCAAAAAAUCGGCUCUAAAAUUGCCUUCCAAGAAUGGCUCUCUUGCUGCUGCCUCAACAGCACCACUACCAACCAACAUUAACGCGACUUCACCUACAUUGCAACUAUCAAAUAGUAGCAAUGGCUCGAAGAGGAAACAGCCCAGUGCUACCUCGGCAGCGGGGCGCAAAAUUGCCCGCAAGACGGCCCACAGUCUGAUUGAGCGGAGACGACGGUCCAAAAUGAAUGAGGAGUUUGCGACAUUGAAGGAUAUGAUUCCUGCUUGUCGUGGGCAGGAAAUGCACAAGCUUGCCAUUCUCCAGGCGAGCAUCGACUAUAUGAAUUAUCUUGAAGAUUGUAUCACGGAAUUGAAAAACAAUGCUUCAGCAGGUGCUGGGCGAACGGAUUCGAUAUCAAAAAAGCAGAAGCUAGAACCACCCUCGUUGGCACCGCCAUCGCCAACAUCGCCGGAACUAGUUAUGCCACCGAUGGGCGAGGAAUCGGUAGGAUCAGAGUCAGGAUCAUCAUCACCCGAACCCCUUCCGCACAACAAUGCAUCCCACUACUCCUCACCAUCCUUCUCCCCAUACACUGCACCCACAGCGUCUCACCAAAACCUCCAGCCUCUCGACAACGGAGCGCACCCCAUCCUCCCAUCACCCGCAUUACGUCCAUUGUACUCCCCACAGAUACGACCAGAGACCCAACCGGAUUCAUAUCCAGCCCAAAUGCACAUCACCAACCAAAACAGCAGUAGUCAUAAUCACACCUCAUGGAGGGUUCCACAACAAAUCGUCUCCGCAACCCCUUCUCCAGCCAUCCGGCCCCAACAACAUCGACAAAGUACGAGCAGUAUCAUGUCAGCAAGCAUAGCCAGCCCCAUAUUCCUCGCAAACGACAGUUCAAUCGACCACGAAGCGAGCGCGGCCCUCUUAAUGCUGAAUAUGGAUCGACGUGGUCCAUCAUCGAUAAGUGAACAAGCAGGAGGGGAUGGUGUCUAUGAUGGAAUAUCUGUUUCUUCCUCCUCUUCCUCCUCCUCUUCCUCUACUAAUAAAGCGCGGAAAAUGGGCAUGAGCGUUAGGGAUUUACUUACUUCUUAG